AACUUCAAAAUGGCGGACCUCCGACCCCCUUCCCGUUAUUGAAUAUCUAAUUUUAUCGGCGUGCAUCCAUUGUUAUACAUUGCGACCGGUGCAUACGCGGCCUACUUCACAUUAUUAAUUCUCUGCUAAAAAACAAUACGCUUGAUUUUGCCGGAGUAUCGAAAACAAACCGUAACAUGUGGACCAUAAGGGUCAAAAUGAAUCGAGACCUGUCUUGGAACACAGUUUCCCAAUUCAAAUAAAAAGCUUGGGACGUUGCAAGCAAAUAUUUUCAUGCGGAUUCGGGUGUCAUGUCAACAACAGACUUGUCCAUCUUGGUACUAUGUGCAAUAUGUAAAGUAGAAGGCUUCGUUAUAGAAGGCUUAUAAAAGUGAACUGUACCAAUUUAUCAUGAAUUCAUUUUUAAAUACACAUAUUGUGGGAAUAAACAUAUUCACGAAGGGCCUAAUACAACAAUGCUUUCAUGAUGUUGAUAGCGGGCUCCCAUGAUUUUGUAGCGCAUCUAGGAUGCAAAAGUUCCAUGAUAAGCAGCACAGCACCAACAACAUUCUCAAAGUUAUUGCGCAAGCCGGAUUACCUGAUCCAGUGGCACUAAACACGUGGUUCGUGUUGUUGCUGGUGGCCAUACUUUUUACAUAGCUAAUUAAUUUGUAUUUAUUAUUAUUAUUUAUGAAUGCUUUAAAUGAAUUGAUUGAAAUAUAUUUACUGCAAGAUUUAAUUGAGAAUGGCUAGCUUGUAAGACUUGUAACUAACGCGUUAUGAUUUUUGAUGGAAAAAAUAUAUUUAUUAUUAUUGUUGUUAUUGAUAUCCUACUAGUAUAUAUCAUAAUAAAACACUCAUACAAACUACGCGAUAUUCAUGCAUUCGUGUCAGCUACCUACGAUAUUGGUGGAGCUGGCAUUACGUUGUGGCGUCACAUCUCGACGCUGCAACGCGUCAGCGACCUGUACGUAUCCCCACCACACCAACAACAACGCGGCGUCGCGGCCGUCAUGCAGUCGUGUCGUGACAGCGACAAUAUCGAGCAGCUGUGUCGCAGCGGCCAUUUUGUUUCGUCGAGUCAACAAUGGCUGACACUUUGCUACUGAUUAAAUCUGUAGAGAAACACCCAUGUCUUUACAAUCACAACUCCAAUGAAUACUUGAAGAAGGAAAGUGCAGAUGAGGCAUGGAACGAAGUAGCUAAAGAAACCAAACUGACCGUUACAGAAUGCAAAGAUAAAUGGAGAAAUCUACGUUACGGAUUUGUCAGAAGCUUGAGAAUAAAUCCAGAUGGGUCAACGAAAAAGAAGUAUUAUUUACAUGACGAAAUGGCAUUCGUUAUGCCAUAUCUAAAGUUUCCAAAUAAACCAACCCCAUCAUACGUAUACUUACAAGCAGGGGAUGUUGAUUCAGAUGAAGAACUAAUUGAUAAUAACCCUGAAUUUUUUCAGUCGCCACAUGAAGCCAACGACAUAGAAGUAAAUAUUGAACCACCGAAGAAAAGAGCAAAAUUACGUAAUGAAACUCAUGGUAAUUCUACAUUACUCCCUAAUUCAUUAAGUAGCGACAAUAUGGAAAAUCCAAGAGCGCUGUUCCUUCUAAGUUUAACUCCGGAAAUUAUGGAGUUAACAGAAAAACAAAUGAAAAUAUUUAGAAGAAAAGUGCUAGCGUUAAUUGAUGAUAUAACAGGCAAUGAAAGACACUACGUUAAAGUAUCUAAUGUACAUCAGGACUUAAACCAAUUUGAUAAUGUUUCAAUAAAAUCAGAACCUUUGUAACUUUGGUUGUUAAUUACGUGCACAACCACAGAACAGGGGGCUUACCAUCAUCUCUUAACGCGAUCCACUUUACGACCUACUUAAACUGAACUGCAUCGUACCAUCGACUUAAUUUUUAGUAUGAAUGCGAUUCAUUUUAGGUGCCUAAAUUGAACUGAGUUGCAUUGGAAUCGUUCUGUAAAAGUUGAUGGUAAGUAGGCCUGCAGAACACUCAGCUCAGCCUGUUGCUUAGCUUAGUGUUCUGUGGCUGUGGGCGUAUAGCUACUGCCGUGUCUACAUUACGGGACCCCGGGGUUCUGUAUUAUGCCCCCUGGGGUCUAAAGUGUAAGCAAAAACUAGAGUAGGCAAUAAAUAUGUUAUCCACAAUGACACUUUAAAAAACUGCCAUACGUGCCUAUAGAGUCAGGGAAUUAGUAGUGACUAUGGAGUACCUACUAACUCCAUGUAUAGUUUAGUUAUUGUCUCACAAAUGACAAAAGUAAAACACAAAUCUUUUUUUCCCCGGGCGCAUUUAAGCGUAGCCCAAGUUUGCGACAUUCUAUAUCGCUUAUUCCUCGUUUAUAUAAUAUAUAUCCAUAAAAGUCUAUGACAAAUCUCAGAGAGCAAUGAGUAGAAAUAACUCCUAUUUCUACUACAAUAUAAAUGCGAAUGUUUGUGUGUGCAACUUGCAAGUGUGUGAGGAAUGUUUGUUAUGAAGUCACGCAAAAUCUGCUAGGCCCGGCCUUAGUUACGUCAAUGUACUUAAUUUCAUUUUUCAAUUUCAUAAAAAGUUACAAACACUGAUAAGAAAUAUUACUUUAUUCCGUAUAUUAACAUUAUAUAUAUUUUUUUAUUUUUUGUUGAUCUAUGACAAAGGUUACUUAAUGGUUACAUUGGAAAGAAAAUUACAGUGAAUAAAAUCAUUAUGGUACUAGCCGUCGAAUAGUUUGCCAAACUUUCAUGGAUUCGGCAUAUAUUGCUGGAACGGUAAAAAAAGGCACUUAUACAAACUACUGGGGUAUUAUUUAAUCUGUGUACAAACUAUGCAAUAUUCGUGCAUUCGCAUCGGCAACUAAUCUGUCUGAGUUCGACGAUAGUUUGUAUCCGGCAUAAUAAUAACAGAAACAUGCCCUGGGUUUUGUUUUCAGUUAAAAACAUUGUUACUCUCACUAAUAGAUAAUACUAGCUCCAUCUAUUUGCCAGCAUGUGCAGUUUCCAUUUCGGUCAAAGCGACAGGAGCGAGCCAUUAAUUCCGGUCGGAACGAAGUUACCCAAUAUUUCCUUCUCUCUUUGUUAUUAUCGUGACAAAAAGAGAUAAAAACGUGGAGAAAAAUAGAAAGCUAGGAGAUUCCUAUAGUUGCCACAGACUACUAACAGAAGGCGCUAUGAUCUAUGCUGAAAAAAACAACCAGCUUUUUUUUUGCCAAAA